UCACUCCCUCUCAAGCCACAGAAGCAAUGGAGCUCCUGGGAGGAGUCACUGUUGUUCUCCUAGUUUGCAUUGCUUGCCUGCUCUCCUUUGCAGCAUGGAAAGGAAGGUCUGGAAAGGGGAAGAUGCCUCCAGGACCAGCUCCCCUUCCCAUUCUAGGUAACCUGCUUCAGGUGAAACCCAGUAACUUGGCCAAAACCCUCCAGAAGCUCAGUAAAGAAUAUGGACCAGUGUUCACAGUGCACCUGGGCACUGAACCAGUGGUGGUGCUGCACGGACAUGACGUGGUGAAAGAAGCCUUGGUUGAUCGUGCGGACGAGUUUGCUUCCAGAGGACACAUGCCAAUUGGAGACAGGGCUAACAAUGGAAUGGGGAUUGUUUUUAGCAAUAAUGAGCCAUGGUUGCAAGUCCGGCGGUUUUCUCUCACUACUCUGAGGAACUUUGGAAUGGGGAAGAGGAGCAUUGAAGAGAGGAUACAGGAGGAGUCUGACUACUUGCUGGAAGAGAUCAACAAAACAAAGGGAGCAGCUUUUGACCCAACCUUCAUGCUGAGCUGUGCUGUCUCAAAUAUCAUAUGCUCUAUUGUCUUUGGGAAACGAUAUGAUUAUAAAGACAAGAAGUUCCUGGCUCUGAUGAACAACAUGAACAACAUCUUUGAGAUGAUGAACUCCAUCUGGGGACAGCUCUACCAGAUGUACUCAAGUAUCCUGUAUUACCUGCCUGGCCCACACAACAAUAUAUUUGCAGAAUUUGAUGCUCUGAAAGCAUUUGUGGCAGAGGAGGUGAAGUUGCACCAAGACUCCCUAGAUCCCAACUCCCCUCAGGAUUUCAUCGACUGUUUCCUCAGCAAAAUGCAGGAGGAGAAAGAUCGUCCCAAUUCCAGUUUCUACAUGAAGAACCUGAUAACAAGCGCCUUUGACUUAUUCAUUGCUGGAACUGAGACAACAAGCACCACUGUCCGAUAUGGGCUUCUGCUUCUUCUCAAAUACCCGAAAAUACAAGAGAAAAUUCAAGAAGAGAUUGACCAGGUAGUAGGACGAUCAAGAAAACCUUGUGUGGCUGACCGGACCCAGAUGCCCUACACAGAUGCUGUGGUCCAUGAAAUCCAGCGCUUCAUCUCUCUUAUUCCCCUGGCUCUACCUCACACUGUGACCAAAGACACCAGCUUCAGAAACUACAUCAUUCCUAAGGGCACCACGAUUUACCCUGUCCUCACUUCUGUCCUCCACGACAGUAAAGAGUUUCCAAACCCACAUGAGUUCAAUCCUGAACAUUUCCUGAACAAGGAUGGCACCUUUAGGAAGAGCGACUUCUUCAUGCCCUUCUCAGCAGGAAAACGAAUAUGCCCUGGAGAGGGCCUGGCACGAAUGGAGAUAUUCUUACUCAUAGCCACCAUCUUGCAGAACUUUACUCUGAAGUCUGUUGUCAAGCCCCAGGAGCUCGACAUAACCCCCACUCUGAGUGGGAUAGGCAAUGUACCUCCUGCCUACCAGCUCUGUGCUGUGCCCCGCUGAAAGCACUGAACUGCUCUCCAGUGUCCUGAAACCAGCUGCUCCUUUACAUCUUCUUUGCUAAAAUUAACAGCAGGAGCACUGACCCACCUUUCCCAAGCCUUCAGGAAGGCAGUCCCAACACAGGUACAUGCACAAAGCAGAGACCUCUGAAGCCUCCCAGAACUUCAGCACACCACAGGAGGCCCUGACAUUGCAGCCUCUUGCACUGAUGCUCUGUCACAGGAUCACUGAGAGCAUAGAGCAGCUGGUUUUGUCACCAGCACAGCUCCCACCAAGACCAUGCUUUGCAGAUGGAGAGUGCUGCAUGCGUGUACAUUCAUGAUCCAAUAAACAAAAAUCUACUUAUAAA